AUGGAAGCCAGGCUGCUGAGCAAUGUCUUCGGACUCUUCCUGGUGUUCCUGCUACAGGCAGAGUCUACCGGGGUGGAGCUAGUACCAGAGAAGAUUGCAGGAUUCUGGAAGGAAGUGGCUGUGGCUUCUGACCAAAACCUGGUGCUGAAGGCUCAAAGGAGGGUAGAGGGCUUGUUCCUCACCUUCAGUGGGAGGAACAUCACUGUGAAAGCCGUAUACAACAGCUCAGGAAGUUGUGUUACAGAAAGAUCAGCUGGUUCAGAAACAGACACUGUAGGGGAAUUUACUUUUCCUGGCAACAGAGAGAUUCGUGUACUGGACACAGACUAUGAACGCUACACCAUCCUGAAGCUGACCCUGCUCUGGCAGGGUAGAAAAUUUCAUGUGCUCAAGUACUUCACUCGGAGCCUUGAGAAUGAGGAUGAGCCAGGCUUCUGGAGGUUCCGGGAAAUGACAACAGAUCAAGGCCUUUACAUGCUGGCCCGACAUGGGAGGUGUGCUGAGCUCUUGAAAGAGGUGAGUUCACUACCGGCUCCCAUGAAGCCCCUGCUGGUACUACUAGAUCCUGAUCCUGGAGAGGAGAGGUCGUCCAUCCCUCCUCUGAUCAAGACAACCAACAGCUCCAACUAGCAGCUUCAGAUGCAUCUGUUUUUUAGUCUU